AUGUCAUUAGAAGAAGCCAGACAGGCAAUCGUCAACAAGGACCUCGCUCUCGCGGAGGCCACGUACACGCAUAUCUUGACCCAGAAGACAGAUGACAGCAAGCUCGCGCAGCAGCAGGAGUUGGCGGCGAUGGAGUUGGGGAAGUUAUACCGAGACAACCAGAAGACAGAGCAGUUGGUGGCGUUGAUCGCGCAGGCACGCGCGAACCUUGGGGCGCUCGCUAAGUCAAAGAUGGCAAAGAUCCUCAAGCUCUUGAUUGAGAUGCUCAACGACCUUCCGAACGCGUUGGAUUUGCAGAUCCAAGCCACCAAGGAGUCCAUUGAGUGGGCUCUCGAGCAGAAGUUGUCGUUUUUAAGACAGACCUUGCAGUUGAAGCUUGCAGCGUUGUUGUUUACGAAGACGCACUACAGCGAAUCUGUGGCGAUUCUCAGCGCGUUGUUGAGCGAGUACAAGAAGCUUGACGACAAGUCGUCGUUGGUCGAGGUACAAUUGCUUGAAGCCAAGAACUAUCACGCGCUCAGAAAUCUUGCAAAGGCGCGCGCUUCGUUGACGUCCGCGCGCACGUCCGCGAACUCUAUCUUCUGCCCGACCUUGACCCAGGCGGAGUUGGACUGCAUGAGUGGGAUCUUGAACGCGGAAGACAAAGACUACAAGACGGCGUUCUCGUACUUUUAUGAAGCGUUUGAGGGCUUCCAUGCGCAGAAUGACGGCCGCGCCGUGGCGGUGUUAAAGUACAUGUUGUUGUCGAAGAUCAUGCUCAACUUGAUAGAUGAGGUCAAUGCGUUAUUGGGGAACAAGAACGUGGUGAAGUACACAAACCGCGAGAUUGAGGCGAUGAAGGCUGUGGCCACAGCCUACUCCAACAGGUCGUUGAAGGAGUUUGAGACAGCGUUAAGUGUGUAUGGUGCGGAGUUAAAAUCCGACCAAAUAAUUAGAUCGCACUUUAGCGACUUGUACGACACGCUUUUGGAGCAGAACUUGGUCAAGGUGAUUGAGCCGUUUUCCACGGUGGAGAUCGACCACAUUGCAAAGGUCAUUGGUUUGGACAUCAAGCAGGUUGAGGGCAAGUUGAGCCAGAUGAUCUUGGACAAGGUGUUCUACGGGGUUUUGGACCAAGGGAACGGCUGGUUGGUGAUUUAUGAUAAGCCGAGAACGGAUGCUACCUACGCCGCAAGCUUGGAUAUUAUGAAGAGUUUGUCGAGUGCAGUGGAUUUGUUAUAUGAGAAGGCGGCGACCUUGAACUAA